CUUAAGUUCCCCUUAACUUUGGCCUUAACUGCCGAAUCGGAAGCUAACUUCAGCGUAGUUAAUGGGCUUACCCCUUGGAUCAGGCUCGCUGAAGGAGGUGAUUGAGUCCAGAAGAUGGCAGUAAUGCAACAACCAGGACAACAGCUGCGGGGGAACACCAAAGAAGAAGGACGCGCUGCGGUUGACCGUUUUCCGGGUUGUUCCUGACUGAUAAAGUGUAGUUGGGUUGUUGAACAGGACGUUCUCGUUCAGGAUGCUGCUGGUUUUGUCUGAAGACCACAAGGAGCACCUCGCCUUCCUGCCGAAGGUCGACGCCGCAGUGGUUAGAGAGUUUGGACGCAUAGCGCUGGAGUUCCUAAGGAGAGGAACCAACCCCAAGAUCUACGAGGGAGCAGCCAGAAAGCUGUGUGUUUCUGUGGAAAUGGUGCAGCAUGGAGUGGAAGGCCUGAUGUUCCUGAUGACAGAGAGCGCCAAACACAUGCUCUCUGAAGUGGAUUUCCUGGACUCUGUGUUGGUUUUGGGGUUUGGUGAAGAGCUCAACCAGACCCUCUUGCAGCUCUACCUGGAGCACCACAGUCAGAUCCGCAGCAUCCUGAAUCAGUUGCCCUCCAAUCUGCCGACCUACCACAACCUGGAAUGGAGAUUGGAUGUACAGUUGGCGAGCCGUUCAGUCCGUCAGCAGGUCAUUCCCACGCUGACAAUGCGUCUACUAUUGACGAAAGGUUGUGACAGCUGCAGUGACCACAGCAGCAGGGUUCUCCAGACAGACCCCAGCACCCUCCUGCAUCUCAUUUCCACACUGGAGGCCGCUCUGGCUGCCAUCAAAACCAGCCACGCUCGUCGCAUUUUACGCAACAUCAAAUAAUCCCUCAGGUCAUUUUCUGUUUGUCACCUGCAAAACAUCACAUUUACUGCCUUUACACAUGGAAAAUAUUAAGCAGUGCUGUACUCUUCUUUUGAUGUGGUCCUGCAGGUCAUUGUUUAUUUCCCUUGACUAACGAUAAGUGCCAAAUGGUAUUUACUGUAUUGUAUGAGGCUUUCUACAGUGCUGCUGAUAUUGGUUUUUAAGUGCAAGUACACAAUUUUUUUUGUUAGUUAAAGGCAUCAAUGACCCUGACUUCAAGGAGUACAGUACAUCCGUGUCAAUAUUUGACUGGAACAGAACCUGACAUACGUUGUAAUAUGAUGCUGAUGAGUGUUUAAGCUCAGCAGAAGUAUGACAGUAGUUGCUGUUUUCAGUGAAAGCCAUAUGAUGUUAAUUCAAUUCUUGUUGGUAUCCUGCAUAACAAUGCUUUUUAAGAGUUUAGAGUAAGCGGAACAGCAUGGGUUUAGAGGUAGAGCUGGUCACUGACUAAUCAGAAGAUCUGCGGUUCAAUCCCACGCUUUCCCCAGCCUGCAUGUCAAAGUGUCCUUGGGCAAGAUUCCAAACUCCUUUCUUUCUGAUGAGUAGUGGGCACCUUACGUGGCAGCCUCUGCCCUCAGUGUGAGAAUGUGACAUGUAGUGUGAAGCACUUCAAGUGGUCAGAAAAUUAGAAAAGCACUAUACAAGUUGUGUUGGUUGCUCCUGAGCCCUGUUUUGCACAAAGCUUAGUGAAAACUUUGCACAGUAGAAAUAGGAAUACAAUUGUUUUCAUGCAUAGAAAAUGAUUUUUCAAAAUCCUCUUGAAUGCAUAUGCAGAUCCUCCUUGUGAAGAAGAUGAUGAUCUUUUUUUUUUUUAUUAAAUAUAUUAACCCAA